AUGAGUUAUGAAUUUGAGAUGAGUCACCUGGGGGCAUUAUCGUAUUAUUUGGGUAUUGAAAUAACUCAACAAAGUGAUGGCCUAGUUUUGAAGCAAACUGCAUAUGCAAAGAACAUCUUGGCAAAGACAUGUAUGACAGAUAUUAACUCAUCUCAAUACCCCAUGGAACACAAUUUGGAGCCGACCAAAGAUGAACAGGGUGUAACGGUAAAUGCUAUUGAAUACAUAAGCAUUGUUGGUGGGUUAAGGUACCUAUGUUACACACGACGUGACAUCUCAUAUGCAGUGGGGAUAGUCGGUCGAUUCUUGGAGAGACCUACAACUCAACACCAUCAAGCUGUCAAGAAAAUUAUAAGGGGCUGA